GAACAGUGACGGUCGCGAAUUAGACGUCAGUGAUCGCUCGCUCGCUUAAAUUCGAAUCGUAUAUAAGUGAUGAAGAUCAUUCUAAAAAGAGAGAAUUGUUUUUGGUACGCUUUCCUAAGAACUCGGAACAAUUAUAAUUGUACAGUUGAGACAAUUCAGGGCUAAUCUCAAUGACGUGACGAAAUAUAUUAUGGAGCUAUUAAUGUUUUCCACGGUGAUCUCUAUUUUGAUUACUCUGUAAAUUUAAAUUAUUCAAUCAUAUAAGAUAUUGCAAACGUGAUUCUAACUACUUCAACGUGAUCGAUUAAUUAUCUCGAGGAAAUACAAAAUUUUUGAGCUUUUUCCUAAAGAAGAAAAUGUAAUAAAACUUUAUACAAUAAGAAUAAUCGAUACCAUGGAUGGAUUAACGAUAGUAAAAAUAUUAAUAAAAGCCAGCUUAUUCUGUCUCUAUUGUUUGUUCGGUCCAUUCUUCAAAUUACGAGGCUUGAAGAAAAAACGGCUAUGUCCGCCAAUUGAUAAUCAAAUCUUAUUCCAAUCAGCGACGAAAAUUGCGCAAAAAAUCCGCAGAAGAGAGAUCGGUUGCGAAGAAGUUAUCACCGCUUACGUGAAGCGAUGCAAGGAGGUGAAUCCGUUGAUCAACGCGAUUGUGGAGGAUCGAUUCGAGGCGGCGAUUCGAGAAGCUCGUGAUAUCGACAAUUUUUUGAAAUCGACGACAAUGGACGAGGCGAAAAUUGCGAGCGAGAAACCGCUCCUAGGUCUACCUGUUACGAUUAAGGAAAGUAUUGCUGUUCAAGGGAUGAGUCAUUCAGUGGGAGUAAAGGACACUCCUUCGAGGGCGACGAGCGACGCUAAUGUCGUGGCGAAGAUUCGUGAUGCCGGUGGCAUUCCUCUUCUUGUCAGUAACACGCCAGAAUUGUGCAUGUGGUGGGAUACGUUCAACAAAGUAACCGGUACCACCAGAAAUCCUUACGACACUCGGAGGACCGCUGGCGGCUCUUCAGGUGGCGAAGCUGCUCUUCUUGGUGCUGGCGCCUCUCUUCUAAGCUUAGUUUCAGACAUCGCUGGAUCGGCUAGACUUCCGGCAAUGUUCUGCGGAGUUUUCGGUCAUAAACCUACGCCCAAUUGGAUUUCAGUAGAGGGACACAAACCUAGUGCAAGUGACAAAAAUUGGUCUUCGUUUUUUGCAAUCGGUUCAAUGGUUCGAUACGCCUCGGAUUUGCCUCUUGUAUUGACAGUUAUGUCGCAAACUGACGAAGCGAAAAUUGGCUUUAAUAAAAAGGUACGGCUGGAGGAUAUGAAAUUCUUUUACAUGAACCAUUGCGGCUCAAGCGUAACUAACUCUGUGAAUAGUGAUAUAAAAGGCAUAAUUUACAAACUAAACAGAUACUUGGAAACAACAUAUAGUGUCAAAGUACAUAAAGCAGAUUUGGAAGAUAUGAAGUUUUCUCUUGAAUUAAGCAGCUUUAUUCUUCUGAAAAUUCAAGAUAUAUAUUCGAUGUUUAAUCGCUCGGAUGAUCCCAAGAAAUCAAAGAGCGUAUUUAUGGAAACAUUGAAGUAUCUUUUUUUUAUGUCAUCCCAUACUUUUCCCGCCAUAUGUUAUGGGAUAAUAAAAAAUAUCAGCGAACAAUUACCAGUCUCAGAAUAUAAUAAAUUAUUAGAAACGAGAAUGCGGUUGAAAAAACAAUUUGAGGAACUUUUGGGCGAUAAUGGUGUAUUAAUAUUUCCAUCUUUCAUUUCGUCGGCGCAUUAUCCAUACGAAAGUCUAUACAAUGUAUGCAAUUAUACUUAUAUGAUGAUCUUCAAUAUGCUAGGAUUUCCGGUGACACAAUGCCCACUUGGUUUUGACAAAAACCAACUACCGCUUGGGCUUCAGAUUGUUGCGAAUCCAGGUUGUGAUUAUCUGACGAUUGCUAUGGCGCAAGAAAUUGAAAGGACAUUUGGUGGUUGGCGAGAACCAUCAGAAAACAAAGGAUUUACUUAUACAACGUAGCAUAAAUUUCGACGAAAUAAUAUAGAAUCUUGUUUUCAAAGUUCAGUGAUUUAGUGUAAUUUGCAGUAGUUUAAUAUGUAUCAUAAAAAUCAAUAAAAAUAUGAUAUAUUGAAA